AUGUCAUUGCUGGAAGAGCCGCUUCCUCCUACAUUACAAAAUAUUCUUGACCAGCGAUCACUAAAAUGGAUUUUUGUUGGCGGAAAAGGAGGAGUUGGGAAGACAACUACAUCUUGUUCACUUGCUAUUCAAUUAUCUAGGGUUCGAGAAUCAGUUCUUUUAAUUUCUACAGAUCCUGCACAUAAUUUAUCUGAUGCUUUUGGUCAAAAAUUUGGUAAAGAUGCAUGUAAAGUAAAUGGAUUCCAUAAUCUUUCUGCUAUGGAAAUUGAUCCCAGUUCUUCAAUUCAAGAAAUGAUUGAACAAUCUGAGCUACAGCCUAAUAAUCCUAUUUCUGGUAUGAUGCAAGAUUUAGCAUUUUCUAUUCCAGGUGUUGAUGAGGCUAUGGGAUUUGCUGAGAUUAUGAAACAAGUAAAAUCUAUGGAAUAUUCUGUUUGUGUUUUUGAUACAGCGCCAACUGGACAUACUUUGCGUUUUUUAUCUUUCCCUACAGUUCUUGAAAAAGCUCUUACUAAGAUUUCGGGUCUCGGUUCACGAUUUGGUCCUAUGUUUAACCAAAUGAGUAGCAUUAUGGGUCUUAAUGCCAAUCAAGAUGAAAUGUUUAAAAAGCUUGAUCAAAUGCGGACAACAAUUGUAGAAGUAAAUAAUCAAUUUAGGGAUUCAGAACUCACCACAUUUGUUUCUGUAUGUAUAAGUGAGUUUUUAAGUUUAUACGAAAUGGAACGUAUGAUCCAAGAGCUCACAUCAUAUGAGAUUGAUACACAUAAUAUUGUUGUGAAUCAGCUUUUGUUAAAUAUCGAAGGUUCUGAUUGCAAACAAUGUCUUUCACGGCAUAAAAUACAGCAGAAAUAUCUAGAUCAAAUUAUAGAGCUUUAUGAAGACUUUCAUAUAGUUAAACUCCCUCAAAUCUCUACAGAAGUUAGAGGCGUUGAGGCUCUUAAAAAUUUUUCAGAAAUGCUUAUUAAACCGUAUCAAGUAAGUUAAUGAAUACAGUAUAUAUACCA